UUACUUUGUACUAAUCACCAAUUCUUUUGCUCUCAGGAUGUAAUUCAGUAUCUAGAAAAGUCUUUUGGCAUUCGGCACAUGAUAAACCAAGCUGAUAAUGGAAGCAUUACUCAACAUCAGUCUAACCAAGGAUCCAAAGUUUCUGCAACAAGUAACACCACUGGUCCAGAUGCCUCUGGUCCAGAUUAUAGUGGCAGUGCAAAUGUUUCGGAGAAUGCUCUGACAAGAACUUUAUCAGAUGACGCACUGGAGUAUGAGACCUUGUUCUCAACAUUGGAUAUUGGAACUCAGAAUUUGGGUAGGCCUGUCUCAAAUGAUAGUUCAAAUUCAUCAGCUGAUCGAGCUGCUUCCGCUAUUGAGCUGAAACUAAAUUUGCAUCUUUACAAGGUGCGACUGCUGCUGCUUACAAGGAACCUGAAGGCUGCAAAGCGUGAAGUUAAACUUGCCAUGAAUGUUGCACGGUGCAGAGAUUCAUCUACAGCACUUCUUUUGAAGGCUCAGUUAGAAUAUUGUCGUGGUAACCAUAGAAAGGCUAUGAAACUGUUGAUGAUGUCUAGUAACAGGACAGAAGCAGGAAUGCUUAGUAUGUUCAGUAACAACCUUGGUUGUAUAUAUCACCGGCUUGGGAAACACAACAUUUCAACCCUGUCCUUUUGCAGAGCACUGAAAAGCAGUAUGUUACUUGGUCCUGAGAAACCUCUGAAGCUUUCUACCUUUUCACAGGAUAAAUCUCUUGUUACUUUAUACAACUGUGGGCUACAGUAUCUAGCUUGUGGAAAGCCAUUGGUUGCAGCUCGUUGUUUCAAUAAAGCCCGAUCAUUUUUUUCCAACAGACCUCUUCUGUGGCUCCGGUUUGCUGAAUGCUGCCUGUCAGCUUUAGAGAAGGGGCUCUUACAACCAAGUGGUGGUUCAUCAUUAGGUGGUGAGGUGGUUAAAGUUCAUGUUGUUGGUGCAGGCAGAUGGAGGCAACUAGUGAUUGAUGAAAAGAAUCUGAAAUAUAGUUGUUUAGAUGGCCCAGGAGAAGAUGGUGCAAUCAGUCCUGAUGGUCGGUUCAGGCUCUCACUUGCUUUUGCCCGGCAAUGUCUGCUUAAUGCUCUGCAUUUGUUGCAUAACUUUGAACUGACAAAAUCCGGUGCUUCAAACUCCAAGAAGGAAGAUGACAGUGCUUCAAACUCCAACAAGGAAGAUGACGGUGACCAGGCAAUCUCCUUAGGUGCCAAGAGCUCAAGCCACAGGAAUGCAUCAUCUGGAGAUUCAAAGGCAUCCAAUGCAACAUCAGCUUCUUCACCAGCAAGUGCAAAUGGUGAUUCUAAAGAGGUAAAAGGGGGUACGAGCUUAAGCUCACCCUUGCAGAGUUCUGUAACUGCAUAUGAGGACACGUGCAAGAAAGUAAACAACUUGAUAAAGCAGGCUGUUCUUGGAGACUUAGCUUAUGUGGAGUUGAGCCUUGAAAAUCCUUUGAAAGCAUUAGCUGCUGCAAAAGCACUUCAGCAGUUGCCAGACUGCUCUAGAAUUUACAAUUUUCUUAGUCAUGUUUAUGCUUCUGAAGCACUUUGCCUCCUGAACCGGCCUAAAGAAGCUGCUGAACAU